UAUUAAAGCCUUUCCGUGCAGGCACUUUCUUGGACAGCCACCUCCAUCCCCGGUGAUCCUGGUGAAGGACCCGUGCAGUCCACUAUGGCGGCGCCCGGUGGAAGUUUAAACUGUGAGGACUAUUCAAUGUUUCAGGAGGUACUGAAGGUGAUGCGCACUAUAGACGACCGCAUCGUCCAUGCCCUGAACACCACUGUGCCCACAGUCUCCUUCUCAGGCAAAGUGGAUGCCACACAAACCUGCAAACAGCUCUAUGAAUCUAUGAUGGAGGCUCAUCUGAGCAGAGACAAAGCUAUCAAGGCUUGUAUAGCUCAAACAUCAGAGGUGGUGGGACAGCUGCGGGAGCAAAGAGCAAAGGACAAUGAAAACAUGGCACUAAUCAAACAGCUCAGGAAGGAGCAAACCAAAUUAAAGCUGAUGCAGUCAGAGCUGAACGUUGAAGAAGUUGUAAAUGACAGAAGUCUGAAGGUUUUCAACGAAAGGUGCAGAAUCCACUACACGCCUCCGAAGGUGAAAUGAAGUCCUGCUUCAUGAAAGGAGCUCUUUCACUCGAGGUUUAAAUCCAGGCUGGAGCUGAAACUGUGAACUGCUGCUGAGUCCUCGCUGCAGGCUGUUCACCACCCGGACAUCUCCGACCUCUUCCCCGACACACAAAUAUAUUCCGGUGUCAUUACUGUAUUAAUUUACCACCGUUGUAAAACAGUCACCUGUGUCCUUCUUCCAAGACAAAAUUAUUGUACAAAAAGAGUUUUUUAAAAAUGGAGUCAAA